GACAACUCUGUCAUGCAUUUAUGUAAACACGGCGUUGCUAGUCCAAAAACGGCACUAUACUUGUCGAGUUUAAUGUAUUACUUAGAGAAAUAUUAGUUCACGACAGCAAUAGAGCACUUAACCAAUACAAACCAGUGUCACAUGGAAACCACAACAUUGUAUAUGCGCGGUUUUCUCAUGACAGAGCCCGUGACCUCUUCUCUGUAAGCUUUAAAAGAUGGUUAAAUUAUACGACACCUACAGAACUUUUUCGAAAGUUUAUAAACUUGCUUCAAAAAAUAUAGGCACACCCUUGGAUCAUAGCAGACAUUUUCCGUCACAACACAAUAGAAAUGAAAUCCGAUAUAAGACUUCAGGUGCUGGUGAAAGAGCCCUGCAGGAGAGGCAGAGGCAGCAAAUGGCACGGGGUUUGCCAAAACAGAAGCCCAUAGCUGGAGUCAAAGAGGUCAUUGUUGUUGCAUCAGGGAAAGGUGGGGUGGGAAAGUCCACAACGGCAGUGAAUCUUGCUCUUGGACUUAUGGCCAAUGAUCAGAGCAAAUCAGUGGGUCUUCUGGAUGCUGAUGUAUAUGGCCCCUCAGUUCCAAAGUUAAUGAACCUUAAAGGAAACCCUGAACUAACAGACAAUAACCUAAUGAGACCGCUUGUGAAUUUUGGAAUCCCUUGUAUGUCAAUGGGCUUUCUGGUUGAAGAGGUUGCACCUAUUGUGUGGCGGGGUCUGAUGGUGAUGUCAGCUAUUGAAAAACUCCUUAGACAGGUAGAUUGGGGGCAUCUGGAUUACCUUGUGAUUGAUAUGCCACCAGGAACUGGAGAUGUCCAACUGUCUAUCACUCAGAAUAUACCAAUAGCAGGUGCAGUAAUAGUGUCCACUCCUCAAGACAUUGCCUUGCUUGAUGCACGCAGAGGUGCUGAGAUGUUCAGAAAGGUUAACGUUCCUGUGCUGGGCCUGGUUCAAAACAUGAGUGUUUUCCAGUGCCCCAAGUGCAAUCACCAAACACACAUAUUUGGCUCAGAUGGGGCUAAAGAGCUGGCUCAUACCCUUGGCGUUGAGAUGCUUGGAGACAUUCCUCUUCAUCUCAAUAUUAGAGAGACAUCAGACAAGGGACAGCCUGUGGUUGUGUCUUCCCCAGAUAGCCCAGAAGCUGAGGCUUACAGAAGAGUAGCAGCAGCAGUGGUACGACGACUAGCGGAGCUUUCAAGUUGAAAGGCCUCCAGAUUAAAGAUGUAGUUUUAGUGACCAGUGGAAAGGAUCAGUAUUCAGUUUCCAAAUCCUCCCCAAAUCAGCAAGCCAACCAAGAUGGUAUCAAAUACCUAUUAGAAUAUUAUUAUUUAUGCUCUUUUUAUUUAUGUACCAACAUACUGUUCAUGUUGUUUAUAUUAAGGAUUAAUAUAAAUAAUAUAAUAUAAAGACAUUUUAAAUAAUUUUUCAUUUGAACAAUUCUGAAGGAUGUAUGCUGUUAUCACAGUUAUUUAUAUUUAAUUACAAAACAAUUAAAAUAAGAAUUUACUGCAGCUAUGCAAUGAUUUUGUUAUAAACAUACGGUGCUUUAAUGUGGUGUGCCAGCGGAUUAUCUAUUUAGUGUCUAAAACUAAGCUGUGGAAACUGUCCUAAAAAUAAAUUUGGCCAAAGGUCAGAUUCAGUCUUGCUUUAGCCUGAGCAAUGCUACCAAAUUCAUCUUAAUUUCUACAGACUCUUUUCUCUACAUAAACAUCUGAAGGGCUGUUGUUCAAAUGAUAGUAGUAGUUACAGGUUUUCACCGCAUGAUGGCACUGCAAAUGUAAUUAUAAAUCUUUCUUCACUCUGGCUGUGUUCGAUGUAUAAUGAGAUGAGCCAUGUUAAGGCUCAGUUAAACUGUGAGCAACCUAACGUUUCCUCUUAUGGUAGUGAUCAGCCUCUUUUAUAAGUAGCACAAUUUAAUAAGGAAGUAUUGGUCCCAGUGCAAAAGGGUAUGAAAUUGGGAUGAGAAAAACAGGGUCACUUCCUGCAUAUCUUCACACCCCUCUUGAUUCAGCUGAAACAGACGUAUUGAGUGUAACACAGGCCAGACAGGCCAGUCUGUGAUUCAUCACUGCAAUGAAGCUAUUUUGCUUUCUUAUGGUCUCAAAUGCCUAACUGUUCCCAGAAGACUGACCCCGGGGUUUCAGCUGUACAAUGACCUCAGCUGAAUUUGGACAGUUACUUUUAGUGUUAUUUAUUUUCACUUUGUUUUCACGAUAAAGAAAGCAUUAUCCUGAUAAUAUGCCUUCUCUGAUGUAGUUGAGCACAGUGGUGUGACUCAUUUUGGUGUGAACAGAAAAUGAAAGCAGUCCUAUGGUGAUGUGGAAUUCAUUAAAAAUUCUGU